GAAAGAAAGUGCAGUGAUCCUGGUGUUUCCCGACAGUGACCUCUCAAACAGGACCUCUGAGCAAAAAAUCCCAGCACCUGUUGUACAUCAAGGAGUAAUCUGAACCCGAAGUUGUGAAACCAGCAAUCUGUCAACAGCGAUCAGGUCGACGCGUACUUAUCGGAACAGGGCCGCUGGAGAGCUGUUCGCACCACAUCGACUUGGAAGCCCCUUUUCGCGCGAACACACCUCCCAUCACCACAAAGCCGUCCACCAUGGCCUCCCAACUCGAGUCCUUCAGCAAGUGGCUGCAGCUCAAGAUCUACCAGUUCGAGGUGCACUUCAGCGUAUAUAUCUUCACGCCGUUCGAGAAAUUCGUCAUCUACUCGGUCCUCUUCCUGCUCAUCUCCCUCACUUUCAUCGCCACCGUCCUCUACCUCCCGCAGCACGUGCAGUUCAUCAUCAGCCGCGCGUGGUUCUACAUGCACGGCGACGCGUGCGAUUCGGCCGGGGAGUUGGCUAAGGGCGUGGUGACCUCGGUUACUGGAAUGGCGGCGCAGACGGCGGUAGAUGCUAUGAGGGAACUAUGAGCGUAUGGGAGUACAUACUCUUUUGGUUAAUGGGCCUUUUUUUUUCUUUUUUUUUUUGGUGGUUGAGGACUGGGCUGGUUUCAUGGGUUGUAUUUACUUGGUUGGAGAGGAUGGUAAUGCUGCGACGCGAAGGCGGGUGUCGAUGGUCGAGGCGGGCGGUGUCUUCUCGGUUGGUCGCAUACCGAUGAC